UCACAACGUUUGUGUUUCGGUUUUGCGGCUUUUCUUUGACAGAAGAGGAGUAUGAAUGUUUCAUGUAAACGUCACACGAACUGUCAGAAUAUUUUGUUUUGGUUGUAAACACAAUUUAUGUAGUUUUCUUCGAAACGCUGUUUGGUAGACUCGUCCUCAAUAUUUAUUAAAACAUUUAAUUUAACGAUAUCAAAACGAUAGUUUAGAGAAAAAAAUACCAGAACAGUUACAAUGGGAAAGAGAUAUUGUGGUGUGAACUCUUGUCCGAAUUUUUCCGGAAACUCAGAUGAAAAUGUCCGAUUUUUCAGAUGCCCAGUUUACGAGCCAGAAAUUCUGGCUAAAUGGAAGCAAGCUGUCAAUAGAGAAAACACAGGGACUUUUAAACUAUGUAGCUUACACUUCAGGCAAGAGGAUUUUUGUGUUAAUGGUCAGAGAUUGAAAGCAGGUGCUAUUCCAAUACCUGUUACAGUGCCAAAGACUGAAAUGUCAGAUGAACCACCCGUAGAGGAACCUCAUACAGAGCAUGUAGAAAUAAUGGAUAUUGAAGCAAUUAAAAGUGCUUCAGAUGAGCAAGAAUUGUGUCAGUCGUGCAUCAAUUAUGAAGUUCAAUUACAAGCGGCCCAUGCGGAGAUUACGGCAUUAAAUAAGAAAUUGAGCGAAUUGACCGUAGAAAAUGAUAUGAUGAAGAGUCAAAUUCGAUCAAUAUCAACCAAAUAUUCAACGUGUCACAGAAUAUCUACCAUCCAAGAGCCAGGAAGUGUGACUCUUACGAUUGAACCUAAUCAACCGAUUUCAAUCGAUGAAAAAACAUUGAACGACUGUUCCAUGCUACCCGCUUCUUUUCUCAGCGAAGAGAUGGAUGAAUCAUCGAGUGAUGAGUCGCCGACAGCUUCAGUGAGUGGACCAUCAGAAGAGAUUGAACAAUACAAGGAAUCAAUUAGAACAGGGGGCAGAACAGAUGUGUCUCUCGAACCGAGGCAAUCGACCCUAAAACUGUUUCAAUGCGGAAGAUGUGACAUGGCAUUCGAAUUAGCAACAGAACUGUCCCGUCAUAUGACGGAAUAUCAUGCAAUAAAAACUAUAAUUGUUCACCGUUUGCCAGAAGAAAAGACACGUGCUGUGAGAAAGAAAACAGAAGGGAUACGCAUCCAGUGUUAUUUGUGCAGAACGAGUUUCAGUACUAUAAAAGAAGUUCGAGUUCAUAUGAAACGCCAUGAACGAGUCCAAAAAUGCGAGAUCUGCAAAACGGAAUUAACUCACAAGGAGCUGAAUUCACGUUUGUUUGGCGAUAAGAAAAGCAUUCGUUGUGAAUAUUGUUCAAUUUGAAUCCACGAUAACAGCAAAUCAGUUAGAUCAUUCGGAAACGGUUCAUUCACAGCGUUCAGUUGCAAAUUUUGCUUGCAAACAUAUAAAUACAAAAGGCGAUUUGAACAAACAUUUGAUGACUCAUCUUAGGCCGAAAAUUCAUGAAUAUCCAAAAUGAUUUGAACUUUUCGAAUCCAAAGAUCUGAAAAAGCAUGAACUCGAACACUUCAAAGGAGAAAAAAGAGCGACAGAAAUGAACGAGAAAAAAUACAAUAGCGACUGAAUGUGAAUAGGAAUAAUAUAAAACAAAAAACUUUAUAAUUAAAUAGGAAAAUCCUUUUUUGUUCUUAUUCAAAUAUAAUCCCAACAUUCGUGUUAAGGUGGUUUUCCACGAAACGCAUUUUGGUGGACUCGUCCCCAAUUUUCAGUGAAAAAAUUAGUAAAAGUUGCAAGGUGACAAAACCAUUCAGAUUUACGAGUGUUUAUAUCUGAGUGAGGAUGUCGUGCAUAAUAAAAAAUUGCAAUUCAACAUACAAAAAUGCUACAUUAUUUGGUAUUCCAGUCAGCGAAGACGCCCGAACAAAAUGGAUAGAAGCAAUUGCGCGGCACCAGCCAUUCUAUGAAAAUGGAACGAGUAUACAGUUAGUGUGCGUCAAUCACUUUCAGCCCAAUGAAAUCUUGCCUGGAAUUCGUAAAAGAAUAUCUCCAUCUGCAGUACCAAGCAUUUUUCCAGCCAAAGCUGAGAUUGCACCAGUAAAUACUGGUCAACACAUCCGGCCAAACAUAUUGAAACGGACAAUACCAUCAAUCGGCCCAGCGACAAAGGUUAUAAAACUCAAACAAUCUCCACAGAACAAUGUGCUAAACGGCCAAAUAUAUGGAGAUUCUUCCAAACAAGACCCUCCCACAGAGAACAUAAAAAUAGUAGAAAUUAAUAGACCUUCAAAUCAACAAAAAAUUUGUCUAUCUUGCAUUAAAUAUAAAGUACAACUGCAAGCGGCCCAUGCAAAGAAUGCGUUGUUGGAACAAAAAUUGAGCAGAUUGCAAUUGGCCAUGGCCAAUCAAAAUGGAACGGUGGACAAUCGAAUUGGACAAGAAUCACCCGAAGAUUUUACUCAUCUCGAAGUAUCAAGAGACGAUAUCAAACUCGAAAAACAGGAUCCUCCGAUUGGACAUGUUGAACUGGUUUCAAUCGAUGAAAUAAAAUCAAAUGACCUUUCAAUGUUGCCCACUUCUUUGCUCAACGAUGAGAUAGUUGAACGAUACAACGAAUCAAUUGAAAAAGUGGACUUAGCAAACGUGUCUGUCAAACAAGAGCAACGAAUUCUCAAACCAUUCCAAUGUGCAAGAUGUGAUAUGUCAUUCGAAUUACUAAAAGAAUUACGUCAUCAUGUAAAAGAAGUACAUGAAAAAAAAGUCAAACCCAAACGCAAGCGAAAACCUAAGCUCAAACCUAUCCAGUCGUUGCCUGAAAAGACAACUAUUUCUGGAAGAAAAAAAUUGAGCCGUCAUGUAAGAGAAGUGCACGAAGAGAAUAGAAGUACCACCAGAAGGAAAAAAGAAGAGAAAAGCUUCCAGUGUUAUUUGUGCAGAGCGAUUUUUAGUACUGCUAAAGAACUUCGAGUUCAUAUGGAACGCCACGAAAGAGACCAAAAAUGCGAGAUUUGUAAAACAGAAUUAACUCUCGACGAGUUGAGUUCACAUUUGUGUGGCGAAAAAAGAAGCAUUGGUUGCGAAUAUUGUUCAAAUGAAUUUACGAUCACAUUGCAGCUGGUAGAGCAUUUGGAAACUGCCCAUGAAAAUAAAAAACUGUAUAAAUGCGAAAAGUGUCCAAUAUUCUUUGCAUCGAUUGGUCUGAAGGAGUUUCACAUGAAGUCACAUGAGCACGAUGCACCGAGGCCAUAUGUUUGCAAAGUCUGUUCCAGGGCUUUUGCUAAAAAAAUUCUUCUUAGAUAUCACACCGAGAGACACACCAAGAUAAGACCUCAUCUCUGCGAUGAAUGUGGCAGAAGUUUUGCAUCCGCACGGAGCCUAGAUUAUCAUAAGAAUUUAGAACAUAAUGAGAGGUCACAUGUUGAUAAUGAAAAACGGACACAGGUAAUACAGUGUCCAGACUGUCCAAAGACGUUCUUCCAAAUGGACGCUUUCAAACGACAUAACGUAUCACAUCGAGAAAAUAAAGAUAAAUACGUUUGCCGAAUCUGUCAGGCGGAACUUCAAACGAAGAAAUCAUACAGCAAACAUAUAAGGAAGCAUCAAAGAACAGAUGCCGACAGAAAAUAUGCCUGUCCGUUAUGCGAUCGAAAGUUCUUCUCAUCAAAUCAUUUGAAAUGUCACCAGAAAGUACACAUUAGCGUGAGAUCGUUCAGUUGCAAAUUUUGCAAGGCAAACUAUAAAUACAAAGGGGAUUUGAACAAACAUCUGAAGACUCAUCUUGGGCCAAAAAUUCAUGAAUGUCCAAAAUGCUUUGAGCUAUUCGAAUACAAAGAUCUCCAAAAACAUGAAAUCGAACACUACAAAGAAGAAAAACGAGCGAAAGGAGAGUGUUAGUGUUCAGUAGAGGUUGAAUGAGUUGAAUUUUUCUCAAAGUUAUUUCUUCAAGAGUUUAAAAUGUUUUUAAAAUAAAAAUUGGCGCGACGAGUAAAAUAAAAGAAUAUUAUGGAAUUUUGUUUUGCAAGGAAAUUGUUUUCAUUACCUAUGUAUGCGGAUGUCAAAUGUAUUUUUCAAAAAUGAAAAUAAUAACAUUUUAACCAAAAAUAAUAAAAACAACCCGAAUUAA